UGGCCAAGUUCAAAACAAGACAAAACUCAACGCAUCCGUGUUUGGUCUUCCAACAACACUUUGCUUCCUUCUCGAAACACCCAACUCAAGUUUCUCAACUGUUUCCCUCACACGCCUACGUUUCUUUACUUCAAUUCCUUUCUUUCUUUUCUUCUCUUCUAACCUCUCAUAACUCCCACCCUUCAUCUCUCUAUAAUUCUUUUUCUCCGUUAGCAUCUGAUUUUUUCUUGCAACUGCUACAGUGCCACCGACGCAACCAAGCUUGUAUAGGUUUGAAUUGUUGUUUGGUUGAUUUGAGGAAAGUAUGAGUGCGAAUCUAAGGAAUGGAAGUGAGAGUUCCAGCUCGAGCUUGAACAGCAGCUUUCGUGACACAGAGGAUGAUCAAACCAUUGCAAGCAUUUUGGCUGAAGAGGAAACUCUCAACCGGGGUAGCAGACAGCUUGGGAAGCGACUCUCCCAUUUAGAUUCUAUUCCGCAUACUCCCCGUGUUAAUGGAGAGAUUCCUGAUGUCAAUGACGCGACAAUUGACCAUGAGACGCUAUCAGAAAGGUUGGUUACAUAUGGCCUAUCGGAGCUGCAAAUGGAGGGCGAUGGAAAUUGUCAGUUCCGAGCUAUAGCUGAUCAGUUGUUCGGCAAGCCUGAUUACCACAAGUAUGUGAGAAGGCAGGUUAUUAAGCAGCUAAAGCAUAACAAAAAAUUGUACGAAGCUUAUGUGCCAAUGGCGUACAAAAGCUACAUAAAGCAGAUGAAAAAAUCAGGAGAAUGGGGAGAUCAUGUUACUCUACAAGCAGCAGCAGACCGGUUUGAUGCCAAGAUUUGCUUAGUGACCUCUUUCAGAGACACUUGCUACAUCGAGAUCCUUCCGACUAACAAAAGGCCCACUAGAGAGCUAUGGCUAAGCUUUUGGAGUGAAGUGCACUAUAAUUCAUUGUACACAAAUGGAGAUGUUCCUACUAGACAUCCAAAGAAAAAAUAUUGGCUCUUCUAGACAAAUGGCAGACUAUGAAAUCCAAGAAGAACUGAUUUUAUUAUAAUGAGUAUUUUUUUAUUAAAAAGAUUAGUUGUCACCUCCUUUAUGGGGAAAGCAGAUUAUGAAUCAUAAUAUUUAGGUAAUUAUCAUAUUUGUACAUAUUACAUUAUGCAAGCAUAGCUUAACUCAAUGGAUUUAUCUAUAAACUCUCAUUGUACAGUCUGAUUUCCUGACAAGUAGAGUGCCAAAUUUAUUUCAGUUGCCUCUGUUUUCAUGGCAAAAUAUUUUCAUAUUGGGAUUACUGUCCACUCUUCUUAUUAUGGUUAUAUGUAAAUUUCUUCUGUAGUUCUAACUGACAUCAUUGGUGAAUAAAAAAAAUAUACAGAUUGUGUAUGAUUAUUAUAUAUUCCAUAUAUAGAGAUGGCAAUUAAAUACAUAUUUAUUGAGUACCCAAAAAACAAUAUCCACAACUGUUUUUAAAUUACAGAUAUGGAUGGAACUCUUGACACUUUUUUUUUUUUAAAUUACAGAUUUUAAUGAUUUUUCUUUUCUAGCUUGGUAUUUUAGAGGCUUUGCUUACCACAAAAGCCAUUGUCUUAUGCAUGAGGGGCUAAGAAAAAUUAGGUGCAUGGUUUGACUUUUAGAAGAGCCAAAAAUAUUCUAGAAGUGUAGAAUGAAUUUUGGGUGAUUUAAAAAUGUUUGUUUAGGCAAAAGUAGAAUUGAU